ACUUUGUUGAUUGAUCCAUCAACUCACAAAGUAUUUCAUUCCCUACCGGCCGUAUACACUUUUUUACACACCUCUACACAUUUCUGUUGCUGAACAAUUCAAUUUUAUAAUUUCCACCAUGAUGACAAAAUGGCGAAUUCCCGAAGGGAAAAAACUCCAAGAAACGAAAGUUUCAGAGCGCAUCAAAGAACUACACAUGACCUCGGAGAGAAUGGGGGCAAUCAAAGCGCAUUUAACGCGUAAUGAACGCCUGGAGGCCGAACUGCAGGUGGAAGCCGACAGACUCGCCAAAGUUAGGCAAUGCUCGGAGGAUAUGACCAAGGACUGGACCGAUUCCAUCCAGCAUCAACAUGCAGUAAGACAAGCUGAGUUGGAAGCAAGACUACAUCAGCAGAACGACCAGAAUCUCGUCAAAUUUCUGACUGUGAAGAAAGAGCAGGAAGCUGAAAGGGAUAUGUAUGUCAGUGAGGUGAGGCAGAAGAUGCUUCAACGGCAGGACUUUCCCAAAACGUUGGGAUCAGCAUAUCUCUUCAGUGAAGUUCUACAUGAACGGGAAAAACAGAAAGAUUUCGCGAAGAUACUCAGGGAUCAGAAGGAAAAGCUUAUUAAAGAAGAAGUUGCAGUGAUGUUGGAGGACGUGGAGAAGUUCAAGGAGGAACAAACCGAGAAGAAGAAAAUGUUGUUCAAGAAGAACAAAGCAUACGCUGCGGAUCUAAUGAAACAAGUGGUAGCUGUGAAGACAGCAAUCAAACAGCAGCGUGAGGAUAAGAUUGAAGAAGAGCUCUCUGAUCAGGUACGCGCGAAGCAUGAAGCCGGCCGCAUCGAAGAUGCACGAUUGAAGAGAGUAGCAGAAGGCCGUAGACAACUCCGCGAAUCCGUGGAGUUCUUCCUGACCACACAGGAACAGGAACGUGCAAAGAUCAAGAUGGAUGACCGAAACCGUGAGGUGAUGACGCAGAUUAUGGAGAAGAGCAAGGAUCGCAUUCGUAUACUACUGAAGCAGAAAUCAAAGGAAGCACAGGAGAAGCGAAUUGCGAAAGGGCUCAGCACUUAUGACAAUAGCAUGCAGCUGAAGCGUGAAGCAGAGAUGCAACUGAUAUAUGACAAGGGAAUGGCCAAGUUUAACCAAGAGGAUCAAGAACGCCAGGAGGAGCAGCGUGAGAAGGAAAUCCGCUUCAGACAGGAACGCAUUGAUAUCCAAAAUGAAGCCAUGGAGAAAAAGGAAGCAGAUAGAAAGCGCAGUGAAGAAGUGGAGAGGUGGAACGUCCUCAACCGGUUCAAGCGUGUGGAUGAAGAUAAACAAUUCCAUCAGAGGCUGAAGAAGAAAGCUGAUGACAUGCGAGCAACGCUCUUGAAUGAUUUCAGAUCCGAAAUGAAAUUGAAGACGGAACGUCUGGCAAUCGAUGCCCAGGCGGAGGCACGUGCCAUCCGUAAGAAAAACGAGCAGGACGAUAAGAACUACAUGGAGUACGCGAAGCAAGUGAAGGAUCUUGCUAUCGAGAAUGGUUACAAUACUGUUCCCAUCGAUAAGGUGGUCAAGACUUAUUCCCGGGAUGUGAUUGGAGAGAAAUCCCUCACCAGGUGCGAGAAGUUGCACAAAGAAACCUGUGCUAACAAAGCACACGCCGUGACCAAACCAGGAAAGAGGACGCAUUGUCCACUGAGUGAUCCCACUAUACAACACAAGAAACAAGCCGAGAAGAAGCACAAUUUGAAGUAGGAAUUGCGCAGGUCCACUUUUGGGAAGUGAUUUCGACAUUUACAAUGAAAUAAAUACAAUAUUUUUUUGGCCGAA